AAGUUUCUGACAAAGUUCAAGAGAGACCUUUGAAUAAAGAAGAAACUAAUAAAGUUAUAAGGAGACCAAAUUAUGGGAUUAAAGGUCGUGAAACAGAAGUAUAUGCAAAUUAUUUUGAAGUAAAAAAGAUUGCAGAAAAACCAAGUCCUAAAAAACCAUUUCCGGACACUUUACGCGCCGUCUUCCAAAAAUUAGAAGAACAAGAACGUGAUGGAUGGUUUUCAGGAAUUGGCGUUGUUUAUGAUUGCACCUCAACACUUUACACAACUGAAUCAUUAAAUCUUGGAUCCGAGAAUAAAUUUGCUACUACAUCGGUUAUUUUGAAAGAAGAAGGCCAGGAUGGUGAAGAGCAAAAUAAUAAAUUCAAUGAAACUGAAUAUAUAGUUAAAGUUUGUAAACUUCAACGUGUCAAUCUCGAAGAUCUUGAAAAAAACUUCGCAGGAAAUAAUAUGGAUUGGAACUAUUUUGAUUUAGCCGGAAUAGACGGAAUUAAUGCAUUGAUUCACCAUAUUCCUUCAAUGAAAUAUGUACGAAUUGAUGAAUCGAUUUUUUUACCAUCUACUCGGAGAAGUUUGGGAGGUGGUGCAGAGAUAUGGAUGGGUUGGUUUGAGAGUUUUAGACCUGGACAAGAUAAAUAUUUUAUCAAUGUUAACACAACAUUUAAAGUAUUUUAUGAACCGGGUAACCUGGUAGAAUUAAUUAAAAAGUUUUUAGGACUAAGGCCAACCGAAUUUCUUCCAUCCAGAUUGGACCAAAAUAGACAUGAAAGGAUAAAUAAAUUCAUAAAAAAUUUAAAAUUUAACCUAACAUAUCGUAAUAAUAGAAUUAUGAAAAUUAAAGGAUUGAGCACUUUUAAAUCUUUUGAAGUUAAAUUUGAUUCCGAAGAAUUUGGUAAACAAAUAGACGUUCAAAAAUAUUAUUAUCUCAAAUAUAAAAAAAAUUUGGAAUAUUCGUAUCUUGUAGAAAUUAAAGGUCAUGAUACCAUUAAAGUUCCUAUUGAAGGUCAAAGAUUUAAAACUUCAAACUUAAGUGGUGAACAGAGAAAAAUAAUGAUUAAACAUACGGCAUUAUGUCCUAGAGAUAAUAUCAAAAGUUUGAAAGAAGGAAUAAAUAAUGUUUUAGAAUUUAAAAAUGAUGAAAAAUUAAAAGAAUUUGGCACUGUCAUUGAUACAGAAAUGACAAUUGCUCCAGCUCGUGUUUUGUCACCACCUAGUGUUUUGUAUCAUCCUAAUUCCAAAGCUGGCAAGUCUUUUGUUGCAGAUAAAGGUGUUUGGAAUCUUCGAAAUCGGAAAUAUAUUAAAAGUGGGACUCCCCUUAAUUAUUGGAUUGUGAUUGUGUUUUCUCGAUUUUCGCACAAUAUGCUUUAUUCUCUUAAAGGUCUCAUCAAAGAAUUUGUUAGAAUUAGUAGAGCUCAAGGGAUGGAAAUCUAUCAAGACAACCCCAGAAUUGAAUUCUGUAGAGAUGAGGUUGUAUCAGAAAUUAUUGAAGAAGAAAUUAAAAAACAAUAUCGCAAUGCCAAUAAAAUGUUAAAAAAUGAUAUACAAUUUAUGUUUAUCGUUCUUCCUGAUGAAGAUGAAAAACGGUAUCAUGCUGUUAAAAACACCGUUGACACUAUUCUUGGAAUACCGUCUCAAUGUGUACAAUAUGAUAAAAUAAAAAAAUCGUCACAGCAAUAUUUUGCUAAUGUUUCAUCAAAGGUCAAUAUAAGACUUGGAGGUAUCAAUCAAUCCAUUGAUGGAAUUAAUGUACCCUUUUGGAAAAACGAUCACGUCUUAUUACUCGGAGCAGAUGUUACGCAUUUUACUGGACAAGCAGGACCUACGGUCAUGCCCUCAAUUUGUGCUGUUGUUGGUUCUCUUGAUAAACAAGGUGGACAGUAUUUUCCCAUGAUAGAAAGUCAAAAAGUAGGACAAGAAAAAAUCGAAAACAUUAGUGGAAUGGUUUAUCGAAUCUUGUCAGUUUAUCGCGAAAAAAAUGGAGCCCUGCCUGAUCGUAUAAUCAUGUAUCGUGAUGGUGUAUCCGAAAGUCAAUUCAAGAUGGUUUUAGAGUAUGAACUCAAAAGAUCAAGGGCUUGUAUAAAAUUAAGUGGGUCAUAUAAACCAAAAAUCACAUUUAUAACAAUAGGCAAAAGACAUCAGACAAGACUUUAUCCAAAGGAGCAAAUUGAUACUGAUAGUGCUACAAGAUCUGUCUCAAUACCACCGCCUACUUAUUAUGCACAUUUAGCUGCUAAAAGAGCAAGUCCUGACGGAUAUGAGAAACAAUUUAGAUUACAUUGUCCAGGAUUUAAUUUUUUGAUUGCUUACAAAAUGACAGAGAAACGUAAAAAUGACCAAUACACUUAUAUUGUCGAGGAAAGUUUAACUGAAAAUCAAG